CCAGAAUAGUCGAAUUAAGGAAUUUGAAGAAAUAGGAAAGAAUUGCAAGACGGCGUCUUUAUUUUCAGAUGCAAUUGCCAUAAUUAAAGUGAGAAUUAUAAAAUAUUACGUGUUGUCCUUGAAUAAAUAACGAAGUUAGCUCGGGAAUAAAAAUACUCCAAUAUGGGUGAUCAACAAUUCUUUCUGAAAUGGAACGACUUUCAGACGAAUAUGGUAACUUCUUUUAGGCAUUUGAGGGACGAAAAAAGUUUUACAGAUGUAACACUGGCGUGUGAAGGACAGACGUGUAAAGCACAUAAAAUGGUACUUUCAGCGUGUAGUCCCUAUUUCAAAAGCUUAUUAGAGGAGAACCCAUCAAAGCACCCCAUCAUAAUCCUGAAGGAUGUGUCAUACUUGCACCUGCAGGCAAUAUUAGAGUUCAUGUACGCCGGAGAAGUCAAUGUGUCUCAGGAACAACUGCCCGCAUUCCUCAAGACUGCUGCCCGCCUUAAGGUAAAAGGCCUAGCCGAACCGCCACCACAGAUGCCGAGCAUCAAGCGGGAAGGGUAGCCCAGUGUUAAAGACUCUAGUGAACGCAAACACCAAUGUAAAAAUAACAAUUAUUAUUACACCCACACAUAUUUUUGUAUGACAAUUUUUUUGACACCCCUGUCUUACUUAGCUAGACUUAGGGCUGAUUCACAUUAGGGCUUUAUCUCAUUUUAUUUUGGUGUUAUAACUGCAAAAACUUUGUGUUUUUUAAUAAAAAAAUUAAAUUUAUUGAAUGUUGGCGGUAGAAUGCUAACUUGGCGGAUAUUAAAAAAUAUUAGAGCAAUAAUAAUAAAUAGAUUAUUAAUAGCGAAUCUCAAAAGCAGAAUGAACCGCUCCUUUGUUUCUCCAAUAUUCAUACUAAUAAAGAAUAAUCAGCUAUAAAAGCUGAUCCGCUGAACCGAUUUUGAUCAAUGUUACAGAGAUAGCUUGGAUCCCAGAGGCGACAUUUUUAUCUCGUAAAAUUAUGACGCGGUAUUUUAAAAUUUCAACGCGAACGAAGCCGCGGGGGUUAUCUAGUAUAUUACUAAAAAAUAUCAGUUCCAACAAUUUGGAACGGAUACAGUACGCGUCACGAAACUUGACAAAGGAGACAACGAGACGAUGCUUUUGCGAGAUUUCGUAUCAAAAUUCUUAGAUAAAAUGUUAGCUCCAUAUAAAUUAUUAUUAUUUUAGAUCCAUCAACAUUCAUCAUCACAUAUUUAAUAUUAUUAAAACAAUCUUAUGUAAAAUUAUGUUACAAACAAAUAUUAUAUUGAGUAUAAUAUUUAUAUCUUGCACAAAAAUGAUUUUAAACAGUUGGGUAACAAGUUAGUGAUAUUACAUGUGAGGCCCCUAAAAGGGGGCCUCAUAAUAAAGAUGAUUUUUAAUAAAUGUGUGAGAAAUUCGUACCUACUGACUUAACCCGGGUCCAAAAAACCGGAGGCCGCUGGUAUUUUAUCAUACAUUCAUCACUUAUGUUUCAUGUUAUAUUUAAAUAUAAUAGAAUAAAAUGGCAAUAAUAUUAAUAAAUCGCACCUGCAACACGCAUUAUUGCGUUGUCGUUAAGUAUAAAAGCGAUGCGUGACUUGUAUACAGAAAAGUUUUAUUACUAUGAUAAAACAGGGUCUUCUUUCACUAUGACAUUCAAAUUGUAUCUGAUUAACAACAAUUUGGGAUGUCAAACUUGACAGCUCUUGUGUGGAAGGUGUCAAAAACUAAUUUUGCGCAUAAUAAUGAUUUAGAGAAUGAGGACCCUGAUAGAUGUGGUUGCCAGCACACUUUAGACUUCCAAUCUUAGUUACCUUAUGACCAAAGUAUUAGCUUAUAACCUCCGGACCUUUGACCUAAAGUCUGCUUCGCAAUCACAUCAAGAUGUCUACAGACUAUAUAAUUGCUGGAACUUCAAUUUUAAGGAAAUAUACCAAACAUUUGAUUGUCCUAUUAAUUUGUCCAUACAAAUAAAAUAUACGUCUAUUCGUUUAAUUACAUUAGAAUACCAAUAUUUAAUUUUGGUUAAGUUGCUAUAGGGCAAACAAUUGUUAAAAAAAACAGCAUUUUGAUAUAGUCUAUUAGAGAUUACUCCACCAACGGAUGCCUUAUGAUACUUUCCAAUACAAAUGUUGAUUCUGUUCAUUCUAUUUAGAAAAUAUCUAAUUUGUUAAUCUAACAAACAUUUAUUCUUUCUUUAAUGAAGGCUUUCUCAGAUUAAUAAAUGUAGUAUUCAAUCUAUCAUUCCGUUACAAUAAUCUUCCCUCGAAGUGAACGACUGUUUGUAUUGGAAUGUUUUAAUAACUAUAUCUGUUAAUAUUAUAAGGUGUUGUUGUCUGUGUAUAGUUUACAUUUCAAUUUAAUCUACGACGUAUGUCUAUAAGACUCAUUUUUAUUUUAUUUUUGCUUUCGUGCUCAAGAAAAGCAUAAUAAUUUUUUUUAGGUUACUUUCUGUAGUUUUCCUUUGAUUUCUUAAGCUUAAGCUUUUUUUGUCAAUAUUAUAUUAUUGUCUUAGUUUAGAUGUAGGUCGUGUAAUGAGAGCUAGCUCAAACGUUCUCAGCCUCUAGUCCUCUGGGCCCCCAGCUCGUAAGGGGCCCAGAGUGCUAGAGGCCUCCUGGCAUAAGGAGCCUGGAGUAAGUUGAAACUUUUGAUUCAUGUUAUGAAGAUUCCCUGAGUAUGUGCCAGUUCUUAUUAUAGAACCUAUAUUAAUAUGUAAUUACUUUUUUAAGGAGGCCUACUGUGGCGUCAGAGGAAAUUAUCGUAAUAAAUAAUCUACAACAAAGUGAAAUAAUAAAUGAUUAAUAUGCGUUUCAAAUAAGAACAUCGGCUAGGUAUUCCAUAACUCGGAUACUAAUCCUUGCGAUCGUGAUACUAAAUAUUAUGUACCUACUAAUCAAACUUGUACCGCCAACAACUGAAAUAUUCGCUUCACUUUUAGUUUUAUCGUAUUAAAUAUAGGAAUUACAGAAAAAAGUGCACAGUAAAUAAAUGUAGGAUUGAAGUACCAACAAGUUUGUCAUUACCUCAGUAUGGCGGACCUCUUCUCAUUUGAAACACGUAGUAGGUAAUUUGUAAUGCAAUUUUACUUAUCAACUGCCGCCAUUGUAGAUCUCAGUAUAAAACUUCCAUAACGGCAUUAGCACAUUACUAUAAUAUCAAAAAGUAGUGUGUAAUCAAAAUGCAAACUUAGUACAAAUUGUAUUCAACUUUUUUAACCUUGAAUUUUAAAUAACGUUCUCAAAUCUCAAUAAUUUCUUUUUUUACUUUAGUAUAAAUAUGGUGCAAUGACAUUUUAAUACUAAUUUAUAUGAGGUCUAAACUUUUCACCAUUAAUUUUCAAGGUAUUGCAUCGCAAUCAAAUAUUUAAUUGUAAUUGAAUUAUGAAGUUAGUAUAGUGCGCGCAAAACAAGUUGUCCAAUUUGAAGUCGUAACAUGACGGUUUGCGUAGUUCAUAGACUAAAGAUACGUUGGACUUCGUCUGUGGUGGCGUUUGCUGGCGCGCGUGUUGUGACUUUUUGGAGUGUUUUUUUUUUGUUAAAACUGACUGGAAAGCGCUCUAAGGGGGUGCCGUGCGUAUGUCGGCGAGCGCCGGCACAGACGGGGUCCAUACUUGUAUAGUUUAGCUAACUUGUUACAAAUAACUACAAACUUGACAUUGGCUAAUCAUUGUAAAAGCCAGACGAGAGAGAAAAUAAAAUAAGAUACGCUAGCCCGGCCAUAGAAAUAUUCAUCCAAGAACCCGGCUGAAAUAGUAUUUUAUAGUUUUGUAUAGUGCGCAGUCAUAUGCCUCGUGUUCAGAAUUCAGAUUGGAUUACUUAUUUUGCGCACACUAUACCAUUAAGUACCGGAUUUAUUUUAUUACCCCCAUAAUACCCACAUAAUAUUAUGCUGUUGGCUUUGUUCAACAUGUGGAUUUUUUUCUUUCGUUUCUUUAGUGCAUUAAUUUAGUAAGUAUUAGUAUAUUAGUGUGUUCAGCCUUACAUUAUUCUUGUUUUAGCCAGCUUCUUUCAUGUUAGGGCCUGGUCAUACAACGCGCGACAGUAUUUAUGACUUGUUUCAUGGGCCCAAAGCACACGGCCCAUCCGUUUAACUGAUUUUGACGAUAUACACAGAUAUCUUGCAUCCCAGGGACCGACAAGGCUACUUUUCGUCUGUAGGAGCUGUUAUAGCGAUGACGCUUCGCUGCUGCCACUCGUUCAGUGUGACGUCCCGUCGCGCGUUGUUUGACCCGGGCUUUAAACCGUAAUGAUAGUUGUAUAAAUGUAAAUCUGAUAUUUUUAGACAGAGUAACGGAAUUUGCUGAAUAAAUACUUAGUAAUCACGUGAACUAGUUUGUAAUGAUUGAAAGAAUAUGAAAGAUUUGUAAUUUUAGAUAAUAAUAAUAAAAAAAUAAAAUUAUAAUUACGGUA